UCAUCCCACACUCAUGAAGUUCCACGCACGCGGUCCAUGGAGAUGUUGAUUCGAAAUGACAUAUAUACCAGGCAUCGCAGAAAUCAAGGCAUUUGACGCAACGCGCUCACGAGAGUCGCACAUGGUCGGCAAGCGUACUGUCCAUCACCAACCUCAGUGCUGCACAUCACUGCAUCACAGUCGGCCUACAUCCCCUCCUCGUUUGUAUGGAGACUGUGUCGUGAGUUUGACUCUUAACUGCCGUUAAUCUCGUCUGCUAAUAAUCGCGCGCGAACUGAAGUUUGAGGGAGAGGACCACUUCAAACUGUACCCUAAGCAAGGGGAGCCUACUCUGUGGCAGGCCUUGGGUUUUUGCUCCUGACAAGGACUCAUCAGAUAAAACACCAUGAGGUUCUGUUGUGUUGCAGCGGUCCUGACCACGGUCUGCGUGCUAGCUGGGUGCCUGGUGGCCCGGGCGGCACCUAGAAAGGGCGGGGCUGGUGAAGGCGUUGAUCCCUGGUGGAAACGGAAUUUUUCGCCCCAAAGCCCAGAAGAAUCGGACGGGGACUUCAACACAAAUGGUCUCGUACAAAGGAUAUUGAACAGAUUAGAACAGAGACUCUUUGGCAGUGACCUUUCAGAAGCCGAAUCGUGGGGAGACAACCAGGGACAGCAAUUAGAACUGGAACGGUACAGGCCUGCAGACGAGGAAGAUGGGUUUAUUGAUGCCAAGGAAGUGCCUGAUGACACUCCCCUGACCAAGAGGAAAUGCCUCGGCCGAUUUCAGCCCUACGCAUUAAACUGCUAAGAAUGAGCUUCGGAGGACCGGUUUUUCAAAAUUUUGGUGACGGCAAUAUCAUCAUCAUAGCUGAUUUCUACUCGCUUUAAAUUAUACGAAAAUGAGUUUUCGUUCGAUUUUCACAUCCUAUCAAAACAGCAACGCUGGAAAAUUUAUAUUUAAAUCUGGUUGGCUGGGAAACCAAUACUUUAAAAUACUAAAUAUUUUAAAUGUAAGUCAAAGUUGAACUAUCCUCAGCUGAAGCGAGGUACGCCAAAAGGAAACAUUUUCCAUAUCCAAGUUAAGUUCAGCCGGUGUGCUGGCCAAAUAACAAAAUGAAGUGUUCUGAUUAACAAGGGAAAAUGUCUGGCCAAAUUAUUCGUUGAUUGGUAUGUGGUUAAUCCCUUGGUCGGUGUACAUAACUGGCGUUGCCUCGGUGCGCUGAAUGGCGACAAGGGAUACAUGUAUUUAUGCAUUUAUGCGCCAACUGUACUGUCCAGAUUUAGUUUUAUAAAAAAGAUAUAAAGUUUUAUUGCCAAAGUUAGUAAAAGUCAUAUGUAUGAUCCUCAACUGCAUUAUCAUACGUUAGUUUGUAUUUAUUAGGCUGCCAAUAAAUCAAAAGAAAUGCACGACACAUCGAGACUCUGCUGUUGAAAUUAACACAAAAACGCAGAUAAUGGAUUUUUUGUUUCCAAAUACACCAAAGACUUUGUUGUGGUAACUAAAUGACUUUGCACCUGACGGGCCUAGUGUAACCUGUGAUGCAAUGAAUUAGUUGGACCUAUUGUUACAACGUACCUGUCGAUUUAUGACAACUGAUAGACGAAGUAUGAGGCAUGUCUUUCACAACCCACAGAACAAACAAUUGAUGUAAAAGUAACUAUUAUUGCGGUACAACCUAAACCAUUACGUCUACUUAAGGAGAUUCGCAACCUAUCUGACCGACCGACAGAUCGUGCGUAGUUUACUAGCUUAUAGACUGCUUUAAACAGUUGUAACCAAAUACUGACGAUAGGAUUAUCACUUGUGUUAGCUCCAAUGUUCAACGCUUAGUUUCACUUUAGCUGGCUAGCAAACACGGUAAACUAGAAUCGCAAUGUGUAUGGAUCCAGAUAAUGAAAGAGUUGCUAUACUAAUUCAAACAAUUCAAACAAAGAUGACGGCAUAGUUUAUACCCACUUGAAAUAAUGAAAUCCAUUGUCAAACCGUUCUUGAUCUUAAAGGAGCAAAUUUCAAUGUAUGAAUUUCACAAGGCCCCUUUAAUUUUCCAUUUCAGAGUUUCAAUGAAGAUCACUGUAUAGGUCUAGUGUAUUGUCAAUUUUUGGGAAAAGCACAUAUAUGUAGCUUAACCGGGUAGCAGAGUGAUUUUCGACCUCUCAAGGGCACCUCAUUGACCCAAGUGACUCGACGUUCAUCCAUCUUUUUUGUAGGCAAAGGCCGCUGCGCCAAGCGCAGUAUUUACCUAGUACACGUAGGCCGACCUUCACAGUGCAGAAUAAAUGUUUAAAAGUGUAGGAAACGGGAUGUCAGAACCUAACGCUGUACUGACACAAGUGGUAACCAUCAUGCUACUUUUAUGUAGAAUUCACGGUUAUUUCACGCGAAACUUAGCCCCACUGUCAAGUAUACAACAUACAUUGUACGAUUGCUAACUAAAUGCUUACCUACAGUAAUGGUGGCUAAUAUCGGGAAACUGGGUGGUCAUGUGGUACUUUGAUAUCUGUUGUUUGGCCCUAUAUGUUAGUAAGAACCUUCUUGAAAAUGAUUUGAAGAUUUAAUACUUAGUAGUAAGGUAAGAAAUAUCCUUCUGUUAUCAUUAUAGCCUAUACAAGGGGAAAUUUAAGAGAUAAGCCCACGCCCAUUCUAUAAUUUAACUUUACCACUUAUAGUCUUAAAAGUAAUGGUUUUUAAUUUGAAUUGUAGUUAAAAAUUGACAGCAAUCUGCCUUGAGCUAGGCUGAAAAGAGCCAUUUUUGUGGGAAGUGUUCAUUUUGUUGGUACUCUUCCGCCCGUAACUCGUGCAUUCAAUAGUAGGUUGUGAACCAGCGACGUGCAGUUCCCACCCCAUUUAUAGUCUUUAAAUGGAGGUCGAUUUUCAACCAAAGGAGUUUCCGUUGCUAGGAAAAGUGCAUCCUGUCUUGGUCCCACUCAGGGCAGAUUAUUUCACUUUAAGCACCACGCAAGCAGGCUUGCUUGAGCCCGAAAGUAGUCACUCGAGUUUGUUACAACCCGCACCAUAAGUUAAGAAUGCUGUUCGAGUUGUAAAAUAGUGUACUCAGAGUGAAAUCUUGUCCAUAUAUUCAGUACACAAAAUAAAAAGAUGUAAGUUUUCGUUUGUACGUUGUGACGUGCAAAGUUUCAUGAACUGGUUCUGCAUAAUACAAUUAUACAUAUUUCUUGUAAUAAAUUUUUGGAUGAACAAAUGAUAAAGAACGAAAGUAGAGCUUUCUCCUAUUAGAUGGAAUACGUGGUAACUCCAGAAGUCUAUUUCAAUACGGGCAAUUUACAACAGUAAGCCACCAAGAGUUUGCAACGCGCUGAUCAAUCACAAUGCCCGUUUGGAAAGGCUCGGCUCGGAUUUCGCACACUGUGAUUGGUCAACGCGUUGCAACUCUUGGUGAAAGAAAGAAACUCUAAAAAUGCAAUAUCUGCUACACACGAGGCGAAAACUAUUCUUGGCAUUGAUGGACAUAUAUACUUACCUUCAUCUUGGUUCAGAUGACGUUUGGCUCGAAUAUUUGAAUCAACAGAUUUGAAUAAACCUGAAUAGAAAGGUUUUAAUAAGUUCAAUGAAAUGUUCACACGACCCACUGAUACAUUCUUUAAAAUUUAAAAGGAUAAACUGAAGAUCAUCCAAGAACUGGAACAGAAAAUAUCUUCGCGCCUGAAACUUUGCACAUCUCAGACGACGCUUUGAGUCAACUAACAGUGGACGAUAAAUAUGCAGUAGGGUAAUAGAGAAAGAUUUCAGUGAAAUGCUUUGCAGUGAUGCUCUAGAGAAAUUGUCUAGCUUUGACUGUUGGACAGAAUCACUAAUUUCUUGUUUUGAAAACAAGACUUAUCUGCUCCUGUUUUUUUAGUUUAUUCUCAACUUCGUGUUACUGUUAGACCUGAUUGCAAAUUGUUGAUUUGUUUGCUAGUGACAGGUUAUUGAAUUCAUUUUUAGAUUCUUUCAUGAAGUAAAACAUUGAUCUCUGUGCAUUCUGAAUUCAUGUUGCGCAUGUAGAGAGCAGUGGACACAUUCCUAACAUGUUCGCCAUGGUAGUUUUGAGUUAUCCAAAAUGAUUUGGCUUCAAAUGUAUUUGAACUAAUAUCUAAAUAAAAUGCUGAUUUAAAUUUCUUGGGAAA